UAAUGGGAAAAUAAUAUGCCAGAGAACCUGCUGUUGCAAAAAAAUCAGCAAAGGCUAAAGCUAGUGAUUUAAGAACUCAUUUUAAGAAUACAUAUGAAGUAGCAAGAGCACUUAAGGGUUAAACUCUUGCUUAGGCUCUUAAAUAUUUACAAGAUGUCCUUUAACAUAAGAGAUGCGUUCCAUUCACAAGAUUUAAUGGAGGUGUUGGUAGAACUGCAUAAGCUAAAGAAUUUGGCAGAUCCUAAGGUAUUUGAGUAUUAAAAUCAAUUUUUUAGGUAGAUGGCCAGAGAAAAGUGUUAGAAUUGUAUUGUCUCUCUUAUAAAAUUUAGCAGCUAAUGCUUAAGUUAAAAAUUUGAGUAAUGAAAAAUUGAUCAUCAAUCAUGUUCAAGUUAACAGAGCUCAAAAGGGAAGACGUAGAACAUACAGAGCUCAUGGAAGAAUCAAUCGUAAAAUUAUUAUACUUAUUAUUCAAUUAGCAUUCCUAUCAUCAAAUGCACAUGUUGAAAUCUGGGCAUCCGAAAGAGAUGAGAAUGUUAAAAAAGAAGCAAAUAAUAAAGUUGUUGCUCGUUAAUCAAGAAAAUAAGCAGCUAGAUCCAAAUUAGCAAUUGGUGCAUGAG